CACUUCCAAGGGGGCUCAUCUCCUGGUGUGCAAUGUGAUACACAAACCCUUUCGAGUUGAGCCUCGAAUCAUGAAGCUCUGGAGAGGAGUCAAAACGUUUGAAUGAUGCGAGUCUGGAGUACGCGAAGAGCCUGAGGAACCGGGCAUAGCGGAACAUUAUGAUCAGCUUGCAGAACUAAACAAUGAGUGACUUCGGUCGCAGUCGCACACCGUCGAUUCUGCGCAGCCAAGCAGGAUGAUUCCCCCAUGAUCGUGAAGUAGGCGGGCGAUCCAUAACCCAGCCCGUUUCAGGUCUCAGUCCAACCAAUUGAGCUGGAACUUGAACCGACCAACAAGUAGCACAAUUGUACUAGGUAUUUUACCUACCUCAGUCGGAUCCUCAUCGCGAAUGAGAUCGAUUCGCACACAAUACCUCACCAAUCAGAGCCAAAGAUCACCUGCCUUUGCUCGCCAGAACGCCCCUCCUCUCAUGUCUUAUAGAGCGGAUCCGCUGCUAGCACCAGGUACUCCCUCGGUACUUAUGGCUCCCACGAUCCCGUCUCCUGGAAACCACCCAUCGGUUGCCAACCUCAUUUAUUCGAUCUUGGGUCCUGGGGCGCACAUAGAAGUUCGCAACAAAGUUCUUUCACUCGCUCUUUCCCGAACUGGCUCUUAUGAUCUCAUUACUGUCUCCAUCUUCGAGUGAAGAGGAAAGGGUCAGGCAAACGAAGAGGGGAAAUCUGUCGCGGUUCAACUGGCGCUGAUUGAACGAAGAUCCUGCAAGGCUUGGGCGCGACCGGCAAGAUUAGGAGCGGAUGAUGUGCAUGACUUGUCCUCCGUGCGACCAGGCAAGGUCGCUACUAGGGUAGAGUAGUGUGAGUAGUGUAGUCGGUCGGUAGAUUUGCUUGGGUACGAGUUACCAGUAACUAGUCAGUAUUCAUGAUGAUCAAAGCGCACCACCAAAAGAAAGCAACCUUGAAGCAAGCAAGGGAUAGCCCUGUUCUGGUACUCCGCACUGAGUAAUGGAGUACGGUUGGUCUUUCCAGUGCACGUCACACACGUCG